UAAUAUUUUUAUACUGAGUUAUCGAUACCGUACUGAUUUCCAUUCUAAUAAAUAGCUUGUGGGGGCCAGAUAGAUGAAAUCAUGAACUUUGAAAGAGAAGAAAGUCAUUACUCAUCACAAUCAUCGAUAUAUAGACUACCAAGACAAAACCAGAGAAGAGAGAAAAAGCAAAAAUGAAGCUUUCCUUUGUUCAUUGCAUCAUAGUCACUAUGCCUCUCCUUCUGGCAUUAAUCUACAGCUGCAUUAAUGCAGCUGGUGAUGAUCCCAUCCUUGGCUUCACAGAAAUCCCACUGAACCAAUCCAACUUCAUCCUCCAGAAACCGUACGACGUCCCUCUCGACCAGCGCUACAGCUUCAUCGACGGCGUCCACCGGAUGUGGGUUUACGCCGACGACAAGCCUUACGCUCGCGGCAGCAAUACCCAGCCCCGCACCGAAAUCCACAUCGCGGGGCUGGACUACUCGUCGGGAGUGUGGCAGUUCGAAGGGCACGGUUUCGUUCCCAACGGUACGACAGGAGCCACCAUAGCUCAGAUUCACGGUGCGGCCCACGGCAACACCACUUUACUUCUGAGGGUCUACGCGCCGGGAGAGAUGAGGUACUACAGCUCUCUCCACGUGGCGGACGGGCUUUACGACAGGUGGUUCCGGCUGAAUAUCAUCCAUGACGUGGACGGAGGAAUGCUGACUGUGUUCUUGGACGGCGAGCAGAAGUUCCAGUACCACGACCAAGGUCCCGGCGACUUGCACUUCAAAUGUGGCGUUUAUGGGGCUCCGGCUAAUAUUAGCUAUUAUAUGGAGGCCAGGUGGCGAAACAUCAAAAUUUAUAGAAAGUAUUGAGUUGAAUUGUUAAGUGGAAUAUUAUUUACCGAGCCACGAAUUGGGACGGAAAUUUGAGAGGAUGUAAGAACGGUGAAAAUAUUUGAGAAGAAAGAAAUGAUGAGAUGGAUAGUGAAGUCAAAUAAUGUGAAGUUAGUAAAUAAUAUUGGGAGCAUUUAGGUUAAAAAAAAAAUCUAUAAUAUCUACAAAACUCGAUGAAAUCUUCAUCUUCUGUCAUUCAUCUACCUACCCAUCAAAUGAUUCAAAACUAAAAAGGAGGGGUGACCUGAUAAUUUUCAAGUCCUCUCUGUUUUGUCUUCUUUGUCACCAUCGAUUCUAGGUGAGAGAGAAGACUUUCAACUAGUCAAAGCAUAUUUUUUCUUAUUUUUCAUUUUUUAAUUGAGUUAUAUUUCAAAAUUUUAAAAAUCUAUACAGAAAGAACGUAUCCGCUGAUUCUUCAGCAUCAGCCGGUUCGGACCUCCCCUUAGUUUCAACAUUAAUAAUAAUUUAUACAUUAAUAUUACUUUUGCUAUAUUUUGAAAAAAAAGUAUUUCAUAAUGCAUGUUUUUUUUUUUUAUUAUCAUUACCAUAUAUAUCGUCAUCGUAAAAGGACAUGCUACAUAAACAAAUACCACUUAGCCAGGAUGACUAUCACUUUGAUGUUGCAAUGUAAAAGUGCCAUAUUGCAACAUCUGUGUCACCAUAGGUUGACUCCAAGUCGCAAGAAGUAUGCAUUGAGUGACGAUGUAGUCAAACUAUAGCUUUUUUUUUAUGUAUGAUUGAAAUUAUGGAUAGACACCUAAGCGUGAAAGUAUAACGUGAAAGUAUAAAAUUAUAUAGAUCACGGAAAUUAUCAUAAAUUUUGUCACUGAAACUUAUAAUAUUAAACAUAAAUACAAUAAACUUCAAGUAACUAUUUUUCCAUAUUUAAAAUUUCACUGCUCUUAGUUAAAUUUGAAAAUUUCUUAAACUAGAGUAAAGAUAACUCUUAACAAGCAGUUCAUAUUGAAAGAAUACAAGUUAAAAUUGCACACUAGCAUGAAACAUAACUGAUAGACAACCUUAAAUAUCUAAAUUCUUGAAUUAGGCUUAGUUAUUCGUUUUGGUUUUAUAUUUUGUGAUUGGUCACUAACCUUAUUAUUUAUAAGAUUUGAUUAGGCUUAGUUCGUUCAGAUAAGUACUAUAUACACUUCUCAAUCUCUCUAUAGUUUAUAUAUGUUCAAGUAAUAAAACUAGUUACCUUCUGCUGUGAACUAGCUAAUAUAUUGUAUUAGUAAACCGCGUAAAUCUGUAUAUUUUUUACUUUCUUGUAUUGUUAAUUUCCCGAUCCGUUCUAAAUGAUGCAUGAUUGGAUUAUAUUGUUAUCUUGCUAGUUGCUAGUGCAUGUUGACGACAUAAUACUAGCAAUUAUCAAAAUUGAUGACCUAAAACAAAUCAAGAUGUAUCUGAUCUCCAACCAGAGACCGCCGGCCACUACUUCACAAUUUGUGCUUAUUCCUUGGCUACUUCCACUCUUAUUCCUAACUCCUCUAUAAUCCUGUGUUUUAUUAUUCUCUUAUUUCAUACUUGGUGACGAAACUUAAAGGUUGUAUUGUUGAUCCGUUUGAUCUCUUGGCUGCACACAUAUGUUGAUAAAAUAUUAAUCUAGCAUGACUUCUAAUAAUUUAACACCCUAUGC